AUGGCACAAUUGAUAACCUGUGUGUCCGUCCUCGAAUUUUCCCGGCCAGUGGUGGCUGUAUCUGCAGCUUCUCCAUUCCACAUAUUUUGUGAGUUGGGGUAUGACCAUCAACAGCUAAUCUGCGUGUCUGUUCUCGAAUUUCACCGGCCAGUCGACAACAUUAGCGGUUUAAAGCGGGCAAAAGGUUCUUUGGUACGCUGGAAUCGAGGUCGCAACCCCACCAAAUCCUGCAGGCCCCAUUGCAGGAGUCCACAAAGUGCACGGCCCCUUAUUGUUCAACCACGACGCAUCAAUUGUCACCCCCUUCAUACCGAGUUAGCUCCUAGCAUCACCAAAGUGGCACACAGCGAAAUUUCUUCGCUUCCGCAAUCAGCUCAUUCUAAUGAUCCGGAUGUGCCUCUUACGCCAAAGUCAUCCUCAAUCCACGGUGUGCCGUGCCAAUGGGACGGCGGGUGCGGUGCCGGGUUGGAUGAUGUGUCCCCAGGCGGCAUUGAGCGCCACCUCCGACGUUGUCAUAUUGAAGAUAGUUGGGGACGGCAAGUGCCCGGCAAGUGCAAGUGGUCCCAAGGGAACGUAGCCUGUGACCGUCCGAUGAUACAGGGGAGCUACGGGAAGCACAUAGCUUCCACACAUCUACGCUCGACUGCGGCGAUGUGCAAGAAGUGCCAUGGACUAAUCUCCAGGCUUGAUGCUGCGGGAAAGCACCAGGAAAUGCAUUGCCAGUACAAGGCCCCUCCUUGCACGUAA